AGGCGAAAGCAGCAGAUCAGUGCUUGUGUUCUGAUUCCUCAGCGCAGCGUUUUUCUCCUUUUGUCUUUGUGCCUUCAAAAAUCUCAAAAACCAUUCUUUCAUUUUCCUUUCCAUUUCCGAUUCGCGAUCACCAAACCAAGCCAAGCCAAGCCAAACCCACUCUUUCUCCUCUUUCGAAUCCCUAACCCCUCUUUCUUCGCAUUCCCCAACUUCAAAAUCCCCCCAAUUCCAUUCUGAUCCACUAUCCCCAUUAACCAAUAAUAAAUUGACUUCCAAAGUAUUCUAGAUCAGUGGAGCAGGGGUGUGUUUCAGGAUGAAUUUGCAACAAGUGGGGCAACCUAAAUCAUCUAAUGGAUAUGGUCGUCGGAAGUAUGAAAAAGGAGCAACUAAGUCUGACAGUAAAAUCUCAUCUGGAAAAUCAAAUACCAGCAGUGUAGCUGAAGUGACUGGCAGUAAAAGUGGUACUUAUGAGAGUCCGUCACAUGAUCGGCUAGUGUAUGUAACAUCAUCUCUUCUUGGGCACCAUGUAGAAGUCCAGGUGAAAAAUGGAUCUAUAUACUCUGGAAUAUUUCAUGCAACAAAUACUGAGAAAGAUUUUGGAAUAAUUUUAAAAGUGGCUCGCCUGAUAAAGGAUAGCUCUUUGCAAGGGCAAAGAUCCAGUGUAGAAAUUGUCAGCAAGGCUACUUCUAAGACUUUAAUUAUACCUUCCAAAGAGCUUGUACAAGUCAUAGCGAAGGAUGUUGCUGUUACUAGGGAUGGCCAGCCUAGUGAAUCUCAUUAUGCUAUGCAUCAGGAUAUAAUGGUUGAUUCAGUUAUAUCUCAAUCUCGCCAUGUCGAAAUGGGGAGAGAAUUACAACGAUGGGUACCUGAGGAUGAUGAUCCACAAUGCCCUGAACUGGAAAAUAUCUUUGAUGGCCCUUGGAAUAGGGGAUGGGAUCAGUUUGAAACAAAUAAAACGUUGUUUGGUGUAAAUAGCACAUUCAAUGAAGACCUCUACACAACAAAGCUUGAAAAAGGGCCUCAGAUGAAAGAGCUGGAACAAAAAGCUUUAAGAAUAGCAAAAGAAAUUGAAGGGGAGGAUACCCAUGAUCUUCAUCUGGCAGAGGAAAGAGGCCGUUAUCAUGAUGAUUUUGAUAGUGAUGAAGAAACCAGAUUCUCUUCAGUAUAUAGGGGAAAAGGUGUUGAUGACAGUGGAUAUGAUGAAGAUGAGGAACCAAGGUUGGAUUCAUACAAUUCUGAAACAUUUGGCAGCAUCACAGGUUCGGUCAUUAAGAAGCCGGGUGAAAUAAGUGGUGGAAAAGCCAACAAUGGAGCACAAACUUGGUCAAACUUCUCUAAAAUGGAUCACUCACAGUCAUCUCUGUCAAAUACUGGUGUGGAUUUAGGCCGCUCUGGUGCUGAUGAUCAUGCUAAGCAAUUAGCAUCUGAACUCCCUACUCAAAAUUACUCAUUUAAAGAUGGGGAAUGCAGGAUUCAGAAUUGUGUUAGUGAUCCAAAUGAAACCAGUGGUAAUGCCACAGAAGAAAAUCAGCAAGCUGAGGAUGUCCGCCUGUCAAAAUCUGAGGGUUUGUAUUUACAGCCACCACAUAACUUGAAGAAUGUCGUCUCUGUCUCUGAUAAGGGGGAAUCAUCGCCUAAUACCACCUCCUUUACCCCUUCACCACAUAUUAUAUCAAAGGGUCUUGAAAAAACUGGGUUAUGUGGGGAGUUUACUACUGGGACUUCAGCAUCUGGCAGAUCUAGUGAACAAACAAAAGCUGCAAAUUCACGUGGAAGAGUAGGUAGUGCCUCAUCAUCUGGUUCAGAUAAUGUGGGCGGUGUGGCUGCAUCUUCUGGUUCUGGUCUAUCUCCGAGUUCUUCAGUUGGAUCAUUGUCUUCUGAAAGAUCUACUUUGAAUCCCCAUGCCAAGGAAUUCAAGCUUAAUCCUAAUGCCAAGAGUUUUAUUCCGUCCCAAAAUCCUGUUAGGCCCCGAUCCCCAGUCUCUGAUGGUUCCUUCUAUUUCCCAGCUAAUGUAUCUACGGUACCAAAUAUGCCCGCGAUGCCCAUGGGUAUUGGAGUUGGUAAUACUUUUGCUGGGCCACCACAGCCUAUGAUAUAUAAUCCGCAGGUAGCACAAAUGCCAUCCCAAGCAUAUUUUCAUCCAAAUGGACCACAGUAUGGACAGCUUCUUGGUCAUCCUAGGCAGGUUUUGUACAUGCCAAGCUACCUACCUGAAACGCCGUAUAAGGGACGAGAUUAUUGACCACUUGGCUGACUCCACUGUUUCUUACCUGAAAAGAAAAACCAGACUCGAUUUCUUAAAAUGUGUCUUGGAUGACGAGGAUUUCAGCAGAGCAGCGUGUGGGAGGAUCCCGCAAUAGUACGAUCAUUUCCCAGACCGAGCUGGCCACCCCAUUUGGGAUAUAAGUUAAUGAUCUGUAUUAACAUGUAUUUUCUGGGAUUGUGUUUUCGGUGAUGUUGUACACAUUUUACACGGAGUCAUCUUUGUUUUCUUCAGCGAUACAUUAAUAUGCUAAAUUUAUUUUAAUUCAUGUCUUC